AUGUACCUCCGCACCUCCCUCCUCGCCCUGGCCCUCGCCUCCGCCGCCCUCUCCGCCCCCGUCGACACCGUCGACAAUGGCAACGCCGCAGCCAGCGUGCCCGCUCCCACCGCAGCCCCUGGCCAACCCGGGGACGUCAGCGCCGCCAGCAUCCCCGGCUUCCCCGGCAUCACAGCCACCGUGACCAUCACUAUCUCGCUGCCCUGCGCCGGCGUCACCGCAACCAUCGGCCCCGCCGACAAGGGCCUCGAGGCUCGCGCUACAGAUGCAGUUCCUAGCUCUAGUGCCUCUGCCUCUGUGAUCAGGCCUACCAGCAGCAGCAUCAGAGCCCUGUCUACCUGCGUGGCCUCUCCUUCUUCCACUGGCGCCGUAGUGUCUGGCUGUGCUGACGACGAUGACGAUGAUGACGAUGACAAUGACGACGACGACGACGAUGAUGAUACUGACAAUGGAAACGGCAAUGGGAAUGGAAAUGGCCCCUCGUUCAUCCGAAAGCCCAUUCAAACCACUACUUCCACUAAGACAUCCGUGACUUCAGUCCCUACUGCUACUUCGACAACCUCACAGAAGACCACUGACUCCGCAGACCCAUCUGCAACUGCAACUGCUACAUCUACCCCUGCCAUCCUACUCCCCUCUCCAACUGAGACCUCUUCAAAGGGAGGCGAUAGCACUACUACAGAUGCCACAUCCAAGACAAAGACCGACACCGAUUCAUCAUCCACAUUUCUCACUCUACCUUCCCCUUCAUCUUCGUCUUCCUCUUCAGCAGCAGACAAGACCAGCAGCAGCACCACAGAGAACCCAUCCCAGGACCCAUCAACUACAGCUACUGCUACAGCUAGUGACUCCACAUCCACCUCUGAAACCAAAACCAAGAAACAAGCCACCACAAAGUCUUCUCAGGACCCAAGCAUCACUUCUACAUCCACGACCGAAUCCAAGACUACCCCCACCACCACCACCACCACAACCAAGAAAUCCAAAAUCAAGCGCGGAUUCGCAGCAAACGCGACAGGGAUUAUUGAGGUUCCGCCGUUGAAGCCGAAGCCUACUGGUGGGCGUUGA